AUGGCAAAACUUUGUACUAAUUUAUACUCCGUCAACAGUGGAGGAAAUAAACUGCUUUUUGAUCUGUAUGUAGCACGUGCUUUAACACCUCAAACUGCAGAAACAGAUGCCAUUCGGUUUUUGGUUGGGACACAGUCUCUUAAAUAUGAUAAUCAGAUCCACAUCAUAGAUUUUGAUGAUGAAAAUAACAUUAUAAAUAAAAAUGUUCUCCUUCAUCAAGUGGGUGAAAUUUGGCACAUUAGUGCCAGUCCAGCAGACAAAGGAGUCCUAGCUACCUGCUACAGUAAAACUUCAGACAGUAAAGUCCUGACAUGUGCGGCUGUGUGGAGGAUGCCGAAGGAAUUGGAAUCAGGCAGUCAUGAAUCCCCUGAUGAUUCAUCAAGCACCACGCAGACCCUGGAGCUACUCUGUUACCUUGACAACACAGCCCAUGGCAACAUGGCCUGUGUGACAUGGGAGCCAAUGGGAGAUGGGAAAAAAAUCAUUUCCUUAGCUGAUAACCAUAUCCUGCUGUGGGAUUUACAAGAAAGCUCAAGUCAAGCUGUGCUGGCCAGCUCAGCGUCUUUGGAAGGGAAAGGGCAGCUGAAGUUCACUUCGGGACGAUGGAGCCCACAUCACAACUGUACCCAGGUUGCCACAGCAAAUGACACUACUCUCCGAGGGUGGGACACUCGGAGCAUGAGCCAAAUAUACUGCAUAGAAAAUGCCCACGGACAGCUGGUACGAGACCUCGACUUUAAUCCCAAUAAACAGUACUACUUAGCUAGCUGUGGAGACGACUGUAGGGUGAAGUUCUGGGACACUAGAAAUGUCACUGAACCUGUGAAGACGCUUGAGGAGCAUUCCCACUGGGUGUGGAAUGUCCGCUACAACCAUUCCCAUGAUCAGCUGAUCCUAACUGGUAGCAGUGACAGCAGAGUCAUCCUCUCAAACAUGGUGUCGAUUUCCUCUGAGCCCUUUGGCCAUUUGGUAGAUGACGAUGACCUCAGUGAUCAAGAGGAGCACCAUCCAGAAGAGAAGAAUAAAGAGGCCCUGCAGGACAGCGUCAUUGCAACCUAUGAAGAGCAUGAAGAUAGUGUGUAUGCCGUGGACUGGUCUUCUGCAGACCCGUGGCUGUUUGCCUCUUUAAGUUAUGAUGGAAGACUUGUUGUUAACAGGGUUCCCAGAGCACUGAAAUAUCACAUAUUGCUCUAA